AUUGGGAAAACAUUGACCUAGAUCUUAUGAUCAAACAGGAGAACGCUACUGCUACACUUAAUGUGUGAAUUAUCACAUUCCACUCUUUAAUAGGAGAAUGCACUUGAGUCUUGCCAAAUCCCAGAAAUAAACUUGCUGAAGUGUUUAAUGACUAAAAUCUGUAGGAAUUACAGAGUUUUAAUAAAUUGCAGGCUGCCAUCAAAGGGAAAUCGCUUUGAUCUGCUCGGGCUGCUUUGGUAUUUUCAGUAGCUAAGGACAAACUUUUAAGGUUAAAACAAUAAAAUAAAGUGUUGAUCUAAAUGGGAUUUGGGUGAUAAUCUGUCUUACUUUCAGACCAGUUCCUAAUCAAACCAAAGGAAAGAAAACAUGCUAGACAGGAAGGAUAAACUGGCUACACAGCUCUAAAUCUCUGAGACAAAAUCAGUCAUGUCUUUACUCAUUUUCUCACUGGCAAAAAAAAAAAGUCUCACGACAUCAUUGUCUUGUAUAAAAACUAGCUGCAUGUGUUUUUGCUACACUAGAGAAACACACUAGAUUUUAGAUAUGCACCAUAUCAGGCACAUUUCCUCAGAGUGGGACUCAAAUUUGGAAACUCGGGACGAGCGCUAGAUUUCAGUAAAAUUUGUGGUUCUAAACAGUGUUUGACUGCUUAGUAUUGAGUUUAGUACAGCUGCUGCUUGCCCACCAAACCCACACUACCCACACUUUGACCAGAAUAAAGGAGACACGGACAGCAACACAAUCCAUAUGUGAUUUAUUAUUGCAGUGGAGUUUUGAUUUGAGAUUUUAUUCAAUUUUUCUUUUAAAAAAGUUUCAAAGAUGUUUCACACAAAAUGAAGCAACAAAAAGUCUGAAAAUUGGCCACUAAACAAGCUGUAGAAGAAUUAUAUUACCAUAAAAUAUAAUCUGUAUAGCAUCAUUCAGCCGAAGGAAAACCGAGCAGCAAAAAAGUUCUGUUAGAAAAAUGGCAGCAGGGUAACUUGUUGUAAAUCUUGUUGUCUUGUCAGAGCCACAGACUACCUCCUGCUCUUAACUGCGCCAUUGGCACCAGCUGCUGUGGUUAGGUGUUUGAUUAGUCAAAAUUAAGACCAGGUUUAGCACUACAUGCUAAGAGGACUGAUCAGUUUUUGUGGUACAGUCCUGGGGCAGUGCUUUUUCCUCUGUUCCAAUGGCGUGUAGAGAGAGCAGGGGUGUUAAUGGCUCACUGUAUUUUGGGCUCUUUUUGUUUUCUGCUUCACUUUGUCAAUGCGCAACACUGACGAGGCUUAAAGCCCUGGAUGAACUAGGUGGAAACUCAACGCUUAGUCAAAGUGGAGCUAAAGGUCAUCAGCAUCAUGGAAAACUUUCAAUUGGGCAAAAGCUGCUGCGAGGUCCUAAACCCAACAGAAACAAGACCACAAACAACACCAGGGAUGUUGAAACAGAUUACCAGGCAGACGUGGCCUGGGAGGAAGCUAAACAACCAGAUGGACAAUAUCGUGGUCUCGACCUGGAGGCAAUGGAACGACUCCUUAAGAUGGAACCAAAGGUUGAAUGUACGCUAGACUCCAUGACGCUUCAGGUUCAUGAUGCUGCUUCUACCCCUGGAUCUCUGCUUUUCGUGGACAGGGGAAGCCAUUUGUCUCCUUUGCCCCUGUCCAAGUUACCUUCGAGCUGCGGUUACACCAUCAGCUCGACACGACGAGAUCUGGUCCUAGUCGCACCCUAUGAUGGUUGCUUCGUCGCUCUCCAGGAGGACACUUAUGUUCUCCCACUGCUUUGGUGGGGCAUACCAGUGAGGAUGUCGUGCCCUUUCAUGGGCUCGCUGUCACUGAAUCCUCCGAUGGUCACCUGCAAUACUGCGGAUAUGCUUGUAAAAACAGAGUGGACCCUGCCCGUCUCCAAUAUUAAAGUUAAGUUGAACGGUAAAUGGGAGUCACUAACCGUGGCCUCAAACAGAUGUGGCUUCAGCACAGUCGAACAUCCUGAAGGUGUGGUCAUCUCUGUUCAUUAUGUGCCCUGCCUAGAGAAAAAGGAUGGGUUGUAUACUCUGGAAGUUGCUGGAGAUGGAGAAGCAACAAUUUCCUGUCCAUCACAAUUACCAGCUCAGCCUGAAUUCACAGAAAACCCGGCAAAGGAUCCCGAUUGGCAAAAUGAAACACCGAGCAAAGGUGUGCAUGCGUCGACUUUUCCUCAUGAUCCUCAUCAAGCGGUUCUUCCUCAGAACUCAGAUAUGCUGAAUCAGUGGCCAGAAUAUACGGAUCGUCCUUUCCACCCCACUUUCUUUUACUCUGCAAGUCUGGUCAAUACACCUGCUGCACCUGCAGUGAAUCCUAGACCUGCUUCAUCUCCAGUUGUCCAAACUGAUGCAGGGAAAAGAUGGCAACAUUUUUCCCCUUUUUAUUCUCAGCCACGUGCCCCUACACUGUCACUAAUAACUAAACCACCAGCAGGUCAGUUUGAAGAACAUUUGCUUCCCAGCCCAAUCAACCCACGGCCUAGUCUCCUUCAGGAACCUCCUGCGAGCCAAGACAAGAAACCCCCAUAUUCAUUUUCUUUUUACUCGCAGCCUUCAGCAUCUGAAGAUCAUCCACCAUAUCACAAAAUACCUGAAAAAUCAGAGGAAGCAGAACCCAAAGCACAGAACCAACUUUCCCAACUCUAUCACUUCUACCCCCAACCAAAGCCCGAAGUACAGCCUGCUACAAACCCCUCCACUGUUCCUCAGCCACCACAGCCUGAAGCCCCUCAGCGUCAGGUACACCAGCAAAUGUACUUGUGCCCUGAAAAUCAGCCUGCCAGAAAUCCAAAUGCUGCUUUGGCAUCAGCAGCUGAAAGUCUUUUGGGACAAGUGCACAAACUUUGUCAAAUAUCUGAGACACCAGCUGGAACAAAUGAGGAAAAUCCAGUCCAAAGCACACCACCUCUUCUCAGAUAUCCACAGGGUCAGAUGCAUCACCUACUUAACCAGCUCUAUUACCCACAGCAGCUCCAGCUGCUACAGCCUGUGACAUUACCCUCUGCUACCUAUUUGCAGCCACAGGGUGCUGCUAAACCCAGUGACCAAAAACAUCCUGAAUCUGCAAUUCCAAUAACUGUCAAUAGUUAUACAGCCCCGCAAGAUCCUCAGCUCAGCUCUGCAUAUAUGCAACCUGUGUGCUCCUUGUCUAACUGCUGUACACAAAUGACUUUUUAUCAGCUUCUCCAUAUUACUCCAGCUAGAGUUGGCAGUUAUGCAGAUGUGCCUCACUUUUUUCCAGAUCUUUCAUUUCCACCUACAGCUUCAUAUUUUGAGUUUGGCGUGGGUUCUGCAAGACUUCCUCAACAGCCGACUGAAGCAGCACAAUCUGCCUCAUCUUACACCUCUGUGCCCCUCUCACUGCACCCCUUUCCAGCUCAAAAUGUGGAGCAAUUAUAUUUACAGCCACCAGAUGGCAACCAUACUACACCGCGAGGAAAUGAUCCAAGUUGGACUGCAAAUCAUGAACCACUGAACCGCGUGAACCCCGCACCUAAUUCACUGCAUGCCCGCUGGCCGUAUCUACACAGCCAAUCCUCAGAACCUCUGCCUUCAGGUUAUGACCCAGCAGGGCGAUAUCAGCUGAAUAACAUUAAGUCCCCAGUGCAGGUAAACGGUCAACUAUUGACUGGGAACUUGAGCCGUCCAACGUGGCCUAAUUUUAUGUCUAACAACCCAAAUUCACAGCAGCAACACAAUAAAUCACCUGGAGAGGAACUUGAUCAUUUUAUGGUUCCUUUCGAUAGGCUUCAGCACGCUCCUGUAUCCACUUAUAACAACUCUGUGUUCCCGAACAAUUUAAAACCAUUCAUAAGUGACUCAAACUCCAAACAUGAGCAGACUCUAAAUUUCUAUUCUGGGAAUUAUGUGCUGCUACAGCGUGAACCACCAGGCAGGGAGCCCAACAGCUUCGUGGAUUCCUCUGAGCUUUACAGAGAUCCGACUGUUGAUUUAAAUUUUAUGACCCAAAAUCUUGCAAAAGAGCAGAAUGGUAAACAUCAGACUCCACUGAAUUUUAAGCCCCUGCAGGGAAAUGAACAACUCUCCAAGUGGCUUGAGGAAGGUAUUCCCACUCCCUCGCCUGGUAAUGCUAACCAUGAUGAUGAUGAUGAUAAUGAAAAUGAAAAUGAGGAUAAUGAUGACAUUAACAAUUCCGGUCUGCCAUUCCUUUCUCCUACUACGGAUGGCCCUCCACUUAUAUUUCCCCUCUACAAGCCACCUUUAGGUGCAGCACAGUUAAAGCUAAAAUUCCACGAAUCCUUUAAAGACUUCUCGACUCCUUUAGGCUCCAGCAACAGGUUUCCACCCCAUAAUGCUCAAAAGAUGUUUCAAGGAUGGGGCUGAGAAGCUGAUCACUAAGCCGGUGGUAGUGUGUAGCUGAGGCAGGUGUUGAACUCCUUACCCUUGUUGUUUGGACUCAUACGAAUGUCUCUUGAACUCCUUCAGAAGAAGCAUUGAAGUUGGAAGCAUGAAAGCAGCAAUUUCUAGCAAUGUGAAUAAAUAGUGCAACUACCCAAAACGUGUGCUUUGAACUUUUUUUUUUCUGGAGUGUGUGUUGGGCAGAAGGGCAUAGAAUUCAUAUCUGCUGUGACGUAGGUCGUGACGGACGACCUCUGUUUGGCUGCUUUUGCAAUCAGUUUACCCAGUGGGGCCAUAAUAUCCGCUUCUUACACUUGGAAGGUACACAGCCUUUUUUGAACCUGUUUGUCCAGCUUGUUUGUGCUUUAGCAUGAUAUGCAUUGAUCCGUUCUCGUAAAUGCAAUAAAUGGAAUUUGCCCAUUCAUAAACAGUUGCCUGGGGGUGGGUGGAUGAGUGCUUGUGUGGUGAACUUGAAAAUCAAGUGUUCCACUGCUCUCAUUUGUUUUAGCACACAAUGUUUGUCAGUAAAAUAUACUGUGUAAUGAAAUCUUUAAAAAGCGUGUGUGUGUGUGUGUGUGUGUGUA